AUGUCUCGCAAUAGCAUAAUAAGGAGAGAAAAGAUUUAUGGGAAAGUUAUCAAGCCUGCCAAGAAUAUAAUUUUGAUAUUUGGGGACGGAAUGGGAAUUUCCACUAUAACUGCGGCCAGAAUUCUCAAGGGACAAUUACGCAAGAGUGGGGAAGAAACAGUUUUGUCUUGGGAAAAUUUUCCCCAUGUGGCUUUGGCUAAAACUUAUAAUACAGAUCAUCAAGUUCCAGAUUCAUCAGGAACCGCAACGGCCAUGUUUAGUGGAGUUAAAACUAAAAUGAGUGUAGUGGGAUUAAAUGAUUCAGUUAUUUAUCAAGAUUGUUCUUCGAUUUCAAAAUCUAUUAUUCCUUCCAUUGCCGAUUGGUAUACUGAAAUGGGGGAAAGGGAUUAUAGAGAGAAUUUAAAUGGCAAAAGGCUUGACAUGGCUAGCUUGAAAGAUAAAUCAGUAGGCAUAGUAACUAAUUCUAGAGUAACUCACGCGACUCCCUCUUGCCUAUACGCUCACUCACCUGAUAGAAACUUAGAAGCUGAUAUCGAUUUUGAGGUUUAUAAUGUUACAAGAAGUCAAGAUCCUAAUAUGUGUCGGGAUAUCGCUUGGCAAUUGAUCAAUCAAUCACCCGGAAAUAAACUUAAAGUUGUGUUAGGAGGUGGUUGGAAAAAAUUUGCCACCAAAAGAGAAGAAUUUUCAGACAUAUUAUGCCUAACUUAUCCUAAAAGGCGUUGCACCGAAAAUGUCAAAAUAGGACUUAAAAUGGAUAAAACUGAAACUAAUCGCAAUAAUAAUAUGGUCCUAAACAGGAUUAAAAUAUUGACAUUUGGUUACUCUAACCAUUCAAAGUUUCCAGAUAUUGAUAAAGCUGCGAAAGGAGAAAGAAAUGAUAGAAAUUUGGAUAAAUACGCAUUUGUAGCCAUUAAGCAACUUAAAAGAGUGAAUCCAUUUAAAACAGAUUAUUUAUUUGGCCUAUUUUCCCCGAAUCACAUGGCAUAUAAGGCGAAAAGGACACAUAAUACAAUUGAACCAAGUAUUACUCAAAUGUCUAUGAAAGCUAUCGAAAUACUAGAAAAAAGAAAAGGAUAUUUCCUUUUGAUAGAGGGAGCAAAGAUAGAUAAAGCCCAUCACGAAGGGAAAGCUAGAUUAGCACUUGAGGAAACUAUAGAUUUAGACAAAGUCUUAGAGAAAAUAAUUGAAAGAGAAAGCCGGAAAACAGUUGACGAUACGCUGAUAAUUGUCACAUCGGAUCAUUCACAUGUUUUUACGCACGGUGGGUACCCUUUGAGAGGCUUAAACCGUGCAUAUGCUAAUAAAAAAUACGAACUUUCAGACAUCGAUAACAUGCCAUACGCUUCUUUAAACUAUGGGAACGGUCCUGGUGGAAUUAACACAAAGUUCACUCAUCGCCAAAAUUUGACAAAUUUAGAAUUAGGUGGCAUAGAUUAUUUGCACCAAGCAGCGGUUCCUUUAACAGAAGAGAGCCAUGGUGGAGAAGACGUUCCAAUAUACGCUAUGGGUCCUAAUAAUACAAGAGCAACAUUAUAUAGGGUUAAAAUGCUGUUUUCAUAUGAAUGA